AUCACCUUCUUCUCAGACAAAAGCACAAAAAAAAGCAGCAAACCAAAAACUCAAAACUCUUCUCUCUUUCACUGCAAACUUCUAAACGAUAGUACUUUUACUUUCAUCAAAGAAAACAUGUCAAAGGACGUAAUUGAAGAAGGACAAACUCAUCAACAUGGAAAAGACUAUGUUGACCCUCCACCAGCUCCUCUUCUUGACAUGGCUGAACUUACCAAAUGGUCCUUUUAUAGAGCUGUUAUUGCUGAGUUUAUUGCUACUCUUCUCUUCCUUUACGUCACUGUUGCCACUGUCAUUGGCCACAAGAAGUUGAACGCUGCAGACCAUUGUGAUGGUGUAGGUAUUCUUGGUAUUGCAUGGGCUUUUGGUGGCAUGAUUUUCGUUCUUGUUUACUGCACUGCUGGUAUUUCUGGUGGUCAUAUUAACCCAGCGGUGACAUUAGGGUUGUUCUUGGCAAGGAAAGUGUCACUAAUAAGAGCUGUUGCAUACAUAAUUGCACAAUCACUUGGUGCUAUUUGUGGUGUUGGUUUCGUCAAGGCUUUUAUGAAGCAUUACUACAACUUAGAAGGUGGAGGUGCUAACUUUGUACAACCUGGUUACAACAAGGGUACAGCUUUAGGUGCUGAGAUUAUUGGAACUUUUGUUCUUGUUUACACUGUUUUCUCUGCUACUGACCCUAAGAGAAGCGCACGUGACUCUCACGUCCCUGUUUUGGCUCCUCUGCCAAUUGGAUUUGCUGUAUUCAUGGUUCAUUUGGCAACUAUUCCAAUUACUGGAACUGGUAUUAACCCUGCUAGGAGCUUUGGAGCUGCUGUCAUUUACAACAAGGAAAAAAUCUGGGAUGACCAAUGGAUUUUCUGGGUUGGACCAUUUGUGGGAGCUUUGAUAGCAGCAAUUUACCAUCAGUUUGUAUUGAGAGCUGGAGCUGUUAAAGCUUUGGGAUCUUUCCGCAGCAACCCAACCAACUAAGCAAAAGUUAUUCCACCACCCUCACAAACCAGAGAAGAAGAAAAUUGAGUUCACGAGUUCAAAUUUUUCAAGUCUAAUUGUUUGAUUUUGUGUAUGAGGAAUGUAUGAACCAUUCUCUUUUUGUUCGUUUGGUACAGUUUAAUCUUUAAUGUUAGCAUUGGAUGUGUAUUUAUUUGGUAUGAGCAGUGUUGGUGGUGUUUUCCUCUUUUCA